AUGUCUACUCCUUGGGUCUCAUCUUGUGCUAGUACCACUACUAGUAACCACAUACGUCGAUCAGUAUCCAAGUUUAGUUUUGAAUCUUCAACACCUCACGCAUCGGAUUUCAACGCCGCUACCGCUGCUGCUGUUGCUGCUGAAAGUAUCAAGAAUUUCACACCAACCAGAUACUCACAUGAUAAUAUGAUGCCACUUGAACCAGAGCCGGGUACUAAAACGGCGAGAAACAAUAUAUCAUCACCAAAUGGCCAACUCAAUACGCGCACAAAUGGAAACUCAAUCGCAAAGGUGCAUCACCACCAGACGUCGCCUAAUCAUCGAAAUAAUGACCAUCAUCGUCCAUACAGUUUUGAAUACUCCCAACUGGAACUAGGGGAGUCGAUUUCGAAUUCAAACAUAGAAUCAUCGCCGAAACCAGAGGAAGAAAUUACAUCUUUAAUGAAUGGAAAAGUUGGAGUUGAUCGCGUAAAUAUGUCAUCAAUAUCCCCUCCACAACAACAACAACAUCUUCGAAAUGUACAUUCGUUUCAACAACCACCAAGCAAUGUACUUUCUCAUGGUUAUAGCUCAUCAAUUUCAUCAGUGUCAUCUACAGGCUCGAUACCCUCCUCACCCGGAAUGAUCAACUAUUCUCCAAAACACUCAAGAAUAGCAAACUCGUUCAACAUGCAUAAAAAUAUGAAGAAUCUAUCAUUAAAUUUAAAUGCUUCAAAUGGCUCGUCCAACCCACUGCAUCAUUCCACACUUGCGGCAAAGAGGCUGAAAUUAUCUGACUCAACAACAACAACAACAACCUCAUCCUCGUCAGAUAAGCUGCACCUACUUCAUUUUGCCCAACCCUUAUUCCACAACAAUACGAUAUACUCUGAGGAUGCACUACAAACUCCUUCAGUUACUCAUACUCCAACUUUACCACCACAAAAUUCUAAACAGCAUCAUCACCAAGUGCAAUCCCAAAUGGAGUCAGACAUGGAUACCAAUAGCAUCACUACUGCUCCUACUAAGCCUUACAAAUUUCCCCUGGAAAUCACUGGCCUGCACACAAACCUCGAAAUACCGCUACAAAGUGCGACCACAGAUUUGUUCAACGAACGUAUACAACCACCAAUGCCACCUCCGUUUGCACCAAACUCCAAAGCAUCACCAUUGUCAACGCCACCUAGGCUACAAAGCCCCAUGGGAUUGGACAGAAAGGCGGUACAAAUUCAGCAACACAAUUCGCCAACAAAAUUGCUGCGAAAUAUCAAGAAAAUGUCAAUUGAGUCGCCAUUGGAGACAAAUUUCAAUAAACAUGAUGUCAAUUCGUACCUGCAUUCAAAUACUCCACAGAGUGUAACUUACAACUCGAAGAAAUUUCAUGCCCCGGAAGAGCUUCAGGAAACUUCUGCAAUAAAUGCUUAUCCUAAUGGGCCAAGAAAUGUUCUCAAUUCCAAAAUAUUUCUUUAUUCAGACCCAUUAGACAAGAUUGACAUAAAUCAAUACAACUUGGUCAUUAAUGUUGCCAAAGAGUGCGCCAAUUUGUCUCACUAUUUUGAAAACCAACAACCAAAUGUGCGCGAAUAUGUACAUUUACCAUGGUCUCAUACAUCUGCCAUUUCCAAAGACUUGAUGGCAUUGACUCAGAAAAUUGAUUGGUUUUACCUGCAAAAUCUUAAAAUACUUGUGCAUUGCCAGUGUGGAGUUAGUCGAAGUGCUUGUGUAAUUGUGGCAUACUAUAUGAUGAAGUUUAGUAUUGGCGUUAAUGCCGCUUAUGAAAUGUUGAAGAAUGGUACUUUGACUAACUUGGAUUCAAGAGAAGCUGAUGGUAUUACCGUGGAUAAAUGUGAACGCAUAUGUCCCAAUAUGAGUUUGAUCUUUGAGUUGAUGGAGUUUGGUGAUAAAUUGAAUAAAUCAGAGUUUAGUACACUGCAAUUGUUGGCUGGCUCACCAACUCAAAUGAGCUUGUGA